CAUUGCAAAUGGUACAUAGAACUGCAGAUUGUACCUCCGUCAUCCCGCCGUCCUCACCCCAUCAUUGUGCGCCCCCGCCUGUCCGCUCACGCAUUCACAUUGAGGAAGAUGAUGAGUACCUCGGCCACGCCGCCGUCCUCUCCCCGUCGUCGCGCGCCCCCGCUCGUCAUCCAUCCGCUGCUUUUCCAGUCCCGACCGCCGGAGAGUCGCGCCGCUGGGAACAAGCACCUUGCAAUCGUGGUGUGCUUCUCCGUUGGUGCUGUCGUAUAGACAUCUUGCAAAAUGAGAGCUUCACAGAGGUCCUCCUGGUGUGGGAGAUCAUGAGAGCCUAGAAAUGCAAAUGAGGCUGGAAGGAUUAUUUUGUUGGUGUCCGAGAGCGAAAUAUUUUGUGUUGCAAAGUUAGCCGUGGACCC